UCCAAGAUGGCGACGCCCAGCGAGCUGUCCCUCGAGGAGAUUCGCAACUACCUGCUGGAAAACGGGGGUACGACGCGCAAUCACGACCUGGUGAAGCACUUCAAGCGGUUCCUCACGGACCCGGAAACGCGAGUCGAGGCGAGGAAUCGUUUCAAGGAGUACGUCAACAUCCUGGCCACCAUAAAGAACGAGGAGGGUGAAAAGUACUUGGUCCUCAAGAAGAAAUACCGGCAACCCUUCUUAGACCUUUCGUCCCCCAAGCAAGCGGGGUCCCCCCUGGCCACCCCCGACUUAGCCACUCCGGUCUCUCCCUUGCGCGAGCCUCCACCUUACCGGCCGCCACCCCCGGCGCCCCUCAGCCCGUCCUCGAGCGGCUCCCAUGCGAGCCUGGAGGAGAGCCUGGCGUCCGCGUCCGCGCGCGAAAGAAAUGACGACUCGGGGUCCGUAGCGUCGUCGGCGUCGGCGUCGUCGCCGCCCGUUCCACCGCGUCGCAAGAGUCAGGACAAGCUCAAGGUGGAGAACAAGGAGAACGUCGACAGAAACCGAAACAGCUCCUCGGAGGCAGUUAUAAAGGAGGAUGAAGCUGUACCGACGACGAAUCCGUCCUCGGCUGAGCAACUCAGCGUGCGUGAACGGAUGCAACGCUUCAAUCGUAUGGCCAGCGAAACCGAUCUUCAUGCCCGGCCUAACGAAACGACCGUCCCUGCUAGGAAACGAACGGAUAAGGGCGCCGACGAGGAUGACAGCGCUUCCGUUGCCUCGCAACUGGACGGAAAAUCGCGGGAGUGGCUGGUCAGGGCGGCGCAGGGAGACUAUCAGGCACUGGCGAAGCUCGCGGCCGAGGAACCUCGUCUCACCAGACUCAAGGAUCCGACUUCCGGCUAUAUGGCUUUACACUGGGGCGCCAAACACGGCGACGAGAACAUCGUUAAAUUAAUAGCGGGCACCUACAGAGAAUGCAUCAAAAGUGUCAAUGAGACCACGAAUGGGGGCUACACGCCGCUGCAUAUCGCCAUGCAGUUCGGCCACGAGAACAUAUUCAAUCUCCUGGUUCAAGUAUACGGCGCGAAUCAGGAGAUACGUGACUACAGCGGUAGGAAGGCCAGGCAGUAUCUGGCCUCGCAAGAGGCGGCGGUCAGUCAGGACACGUUCCACAAAAUAAAAGCAAGGAAAAAGCAUGCAGAGAAAGAUCUUGGUUUCCUACGAAUUGGCUCGUUGAACGUUCGCGUGAAACGUACGACGGAAGCCUUCAGCCAGUUCCUGGGUGUGGCAACCAGCAGCACGACUAGCAACAACAACGAGAAGAUUCAUAAAUCGUGGGGAUCCGCGGAUAACGUACAGCUGGAGCAGAAGCUGAUGCCACCGCCGAAGUACGCGCCCAUCAAGAAGCGCAGGAGCAGGCGUCCGCACGACUUCGGCUCGUCGCAGGAACAGCAGCAGGUUGCCAGUCAGCCGACUACUCCGUUGCCGCAGGGUAAGAUCAGCCGACCGAACCGGGCUGUUCAGCGCCGACCAACAUCCACGACGGCGGUCACCUCCAGUUCCAUCGCGUCCGGAGGCGUUCAGCAAAACGACUCCGACUCCGACACGGCGUGCGGCUUCGAUUCUGCGUGGCGAGGAUCGGCCCAGCUGUAACUAGUCUAAUUUGUUAUCCUAAACACCGUCUCUCCAUGCUUAUACGAUUGCACGAGGCGCAGGGGAGCUUCGACCUCGAGAAGCUCUCUUGCGACUGACAGCGACUGAUCUUUGACUAUUCGUUCAAAAUGAUGGAAGCGAGCCUACAUAUACGGUUCUCAUAUACGCACACGUUAAUGAUUUUCCGAUACACAGAAAGACACUUAAAAGUUCGUUCUUUUGAUGAAGUUUUAUAAACCGUCACAUUGUUCUAUUUUACAGGAUUUUGUAAGAGCACAGAAAGGCUGGUAAUAAAAAUUGUAGCUACUUUUUCAAGUGUGGUUUCUUUACGAAGGUUUUAUCGCGUGAUUCAAAUCUCACUUUCUUCAAUAAGUAAAUAAUUUGCCUUUGUUUAUAUUUAAGUAAAUUAUUUGCUGUCGUAUGUGAUAUCGCCAUCCUUUCUCACUUCAGCCGGCGUGCUCAAGUUUAAUUUAAAAUAGAAAUACAUGAAAAUAAAGGGAUAUGUUUGUGUACCUAUAUUUAUACAUAUAUAGAAAUAUAUUUUAUAAGCCGCAGGGUGUAAUUUAAGGAUGUUCGAAGUUCAGAGCGCUUAUCCAUCGUGUAUAAAUUUUCGGAACUAAUUUCUUUUAUACGUUUCAAGAUGUGUAUGCAAUUUUUAGCUCUGCAUUUGCGACAUCGUUGUAUAUAUACUAUACUGUCCAUAUGUCAACACUCUAUAUCUAAAAUCUUUCGACAAUUGGAUGUUCAUUGUAUGAUGAUCAACGCUGAAGAAUUAUUUUCUUAAAUAAUGUAGAACAUUUUUCGAUGCAUUUUGGGCAAUGAGCAUUUUCUAUCGUAUCGUCAAACAAGCAUACAGGGCGACAGUUAUUUAUACACAUACUUUGUACAAUUUAAGCAAUAAACAUCACAUUCGAGAUUA